AUGAAUUGGAAGAAUACGUUGAUUGAUUUUGUAGCUUACAUUGUCUGUGCUAAUGGAUGGUCUGCAUCGUCGCGCUCCGAGAGUAAGAGAAGAGUCUCAAGAUGGAAGGCUUUCUUUACAAAUCCAGAAGCAAGAAGGAAUCACAUUACCUCAGAGUGGAGGAAAUGGCUCGUGUUUAUAUUGUGGGCAUGUAUUAACAUAGGUCUGUUCAUUGAGGCUGCAGUACGGUGGCAUGAUCUCAUCUAUGCAAAGCUGAGCAAAAUCACAGCUCUAGCUGCAGAGGAUGUAUUGCGACUCACCUGGUAUGUUACGUUUGCCAGAGGGUUUGGCCAAUUGUUGAACUUCAACUGUGCCUUGUUGAUUGUCCCUACCAUGAGAACUCUGUCGAAUACUCUUCGGACCUUGAAGCUCACAGUAAUAUUUCCUCUCGACAAGAAUCUAAUCUUUCAUAGAUAUAUUGCUUAUUGGGUGGUGUUUUGUACUAUAGGACAUGGUUUUUUCCACUAUUUGAACUAUGCUAAUUACUAUUUCGCAUAUUCCAAUGAACAAACAACCGUAACCAGCUCUAUUUUGGCAUGCUGGGUACAGAAAUAUGGAAUUACUGGUAAUUUACUUGUAUUUGUAAUGUAUCUCAUGUACGCCACUAGUCACAACAAUUAUCGUAAAACUAGGAAUUACACUGUAUUCUGGUAUACACACCACUUAUUCAUCAUUUUCUAUGUGUUGCUGCUUGUUCAUGGAAAAGUGUUCUGGAUUUGGUUUUUAGGACCAUGUGUCUUGUACUUGUUUGAAAGAAUUUUGCGAAAUGUCAGAGGAUCUGAAGAAACUGUGGUCAAACGAGUUCACUGUUUACCCAGCAGAGUUUUAGAGCUUGUCCUUGAGAAGCCUCGAUUUGACUACAAGGCCGGACAGUAUGCCUACAUCAAUUGCCCUCUCAUUAGUAAGCAUGAAUGGCAUGCCAUGACAAUUUCCUCUGCACCUGAGGACGAGUUUCUGCAUUUCCACAUUAAGUGUGCAGGUGAUUGGACGAAUGCAUUAAUGGAUUUGUUUAAUCCAACUCAUAGUCCAACAGUGGUUAUCAAUAAGCCCAGAACACCAGAUAACAAAGAUUUCUUGAUCAAAGUGGAUGGCCCAUUUGGAACAGCUGCAGAUGAUGUGUUUAACUAUGAGACAGUAAUGUUGAUUGCGGCUGGUAUUGGAGCGACUCCAUAUGCCUCAUUGUUGAAACAUUUUAACAACAAGUUGGAAGAAGAAAAGAAAGGAGGUAAACCAAUUAAGGUUAGAAGAUGCUUCUUUUAUUUCAUUAAUAGAGAUCAUGGCUCAUGGGAAUGGUUUUCCACACUGUUGAAUGAUGUCGAGGAAAAGAAUCCACACUUCUUCCAAAUCAACACCUACAUGACUGGAAAGCUUAAGGCAGAAGACGUAAAGAAAAUUAUCUACGGAAGCAGUGAAUAUCAACAGUCUGGUAAAAAACAAACGGGUGACGCAUUGUUGAGAGCCAUGUACGAUUUUUCACCAACCUCCUCAGAUGAGCUGGAACUUCAUGCGAAUGACAUUAUUGAGCUGAAGGAACAAGACGACUCUGGAUGGUGGGAAGGCAAAAACAUGACCACAGGGAAAACUGGCCUUUUUCCAAGCAAUUAUGUCAUACAUAUUGAUGCUCUAACAAAAUUACGAGAAAAUCAAAACAGACACUACGGACGUCCAGACUGGAAACGGGAAUUCACCUACGUCAAGCAAUGGAUUGACAGAAAUACACCACAACACAAAAAAGUGAGAGCAAAGGUUGGAGUUUUCGUGUGUGGCCCUCCUGCUCUUUCUAAAGACGUGUAUUCAUUUGCUCUUGGAGAGAGCUCUGAGAGUGCACAAUUUGUUUUCCACAAGGAAAACUUUUAG